AUGGUGUUACAUAGUAACCCAACUGAGCUUUGUGGCUGUGGAGACAUCGCUACAGGGGUUAAUAUUGGACACGGACUUCUCCAAAGAAAGAAUAUUAAUGUGCAAAUAUUUCGCUGUGGUUCGUGGUGCCGUGCGUGGAGCGUGGGGCGGCGGGGGGAGCGUCGCAUUGAGCUGGAAGCUGAGUUUAUUUAAUUUGAUUUAGUUUUUAUUCAACCUGCUUGAAAAGGGAAAACGUCAUGUGUCCCAAACCACAGACUAAGUUAGGGCUAAGAAUUGAUAAUGUCAGUGGAUCCAUUUUUUAAUACGAAAAGGACAUUUGUGAGGUGAGCCUUUAGGGGUAUAGCUGCAGUAGCUUAGCUUGAUAGAAACCGGUCGGGUUUGAGCAGAUGUGACCAGAGGAGGGGACACAUUUACUGUACCGCCAGCUGUCCGUGUCUUAUCUAAAUGGUCCAUGCAAUACCACUGCGCAGAAAAAAGCCUCUCCGCCCUUUGACGGGAAAAAAAGCCUAAUUUCUUCCAGUGGGACGUUGUUUCUGGUGACAUAACCCGUUCACCAUGGAUCUGCUGGAGUGUCCGCUCUGUCUCUUCCUGAUGUGCGAGCCGGUGACCAUGUCGUGCGGUCACACGUUCUGCCGGAGAUGCGUGGGGGGCUACCUCCCGUCCAAAUGCCCGUCGUGCAAAGAGAGGUUAAAACAAAGAGAGGUGAAAAGCAUGAAGAACAAUGUUUUGCUCAUCGGUGUCAUUGAAAAGUGCUGCCCCGACGAGACCAGGAUGAAGUGCCAUUUACUGGAGAAGCUCAAAGCCAACGAGUUCACGGAAGCUUUACGCAUCGCCAAUGAGGGGCUAGACUUAGCCCCAGAUGAUCAGAGUUUAAAGGUGUACAGAGCUGAAGCUAACUGGGGAAUGAUGCGUUUCUCUGAUGCUCUGAUUGACCUCGACCGCCUCUGCUGCCUUCGUCCUAACUGGACUGAGGGCUUCUUUCGUAAAGGGAAUGUACUGCUGGAAAUGGGUCAGCAGACAGAAGCCCUCAUCCAGUUCCACCGUUGCCUAAAUCUACAAGCUGACUUUGUUCCUGCAAAGAGCCAGAUCAAGAAGAUCCUGGAGGCAGAGGGCGUGGCAGUGCCGGACGAGGUGUCCUGCAUCUUGCAAGUAGUGUCCGAAUACCUGAAAGAGCCUUGCCCCAUUACCAGCCUGAGUGGCUCCCAAGGGCCAACUCACCCUGAGGCCCUCAAACAUCCACAUGGGGGUGAGGGAGAGGGAAUUGGGAGGAGAGAGGCACACCAGGGCUCCAAGGUGACACAUGACUCAGGCACUGAGUGCUGCCUCAGCCUCUGCCAAGCUGUUUCCUUCCUCCCUGCUGCUGAAGAGGAUGAGGAGAUGAUGAUGAGGAAAGAAGAUGGGCAUGGCAGGGGUGAAAGUAGUCUCCGCAGAGAGAAAAUUCUGGGUGUUCUCACUGUGUCAGACUUUGAGUGCCCUCUCUGCAUUAGGUUGUUUUUUGAGCCAGUCACAACCCCCUGUGGUCACACCUUCUGUAAAAACUGCAUAGAAAGAAGUCUUGACCAUAACCUCCGCUGUCCACUCUGCAAACAGCCACUACAAGAGUACUUUAAAAACAGGAAGUACAACCCCACAGUUCUGCUUCACGAGAUCACGACCCGACUUUUCCCCUCACAGCUGGCUGAGAGGAAACAGGUCCAUGAUGCUGAGAUGGCUGAACUGUCCAAUCUCACUAAGGACAUCCCUAUAUUCGUUUGCACAGUGGCCUACCCUGGAGUGCCCUGCCCUCUGCACAUUUUUGAGCCUCGGUAUCGGCUGAUGAUGCGUCGCUGCAUGGAAACUGGCACCAAGAAAUUUGGCAUGUGCAGCUAUGAGCAUGGGAAGGGGUUUGCAGACUACGGCUGUAUGUUGGAGAUCCUCAGUCUGGAGCUGUUGCCAGAUGGACGGUCCUAUGUGGACACAGUAGGUGGCAGCAGAUUCAGGGUGCUUAAGAGAGGUCAGAGAGAUGGCUACCACACUGCUGACAUAGAGUACCUGGAGGACCUGAAGGUUGAUGGUAGUGAGUUGGAGCUUUUGCAGCAUCUCCAUGACAGUGUAUACCAGCAGGCUCAGGACUGGUACCAGCGCCUUGGCAGCCGCAUUCGCGAGCAGAUCAACAGACAGUACGGCACCAUGCCAGAUAAAGAGGAAAACAUUCAGGCCUCAUCCAACGGUCCGUCCUGGUGCUGGUGGCUGCUCUCUGUCCUCCAGCUGGACCCUGCCUAUCAAACCACUGUCCUGUCCCUGGCCUCACUCAAAGACCGCUUGGGACAUCUCCGCCUCGUCCUUGAGUACUUCUCUCAAAGCUAAACCCCACAGCACAGUGGUAUUGUGGCCACAACCAGCUCAUAGUCAAAUCUUGCGCACACAUAAAUGGAGUAAAAUCAAAGAAUGCACUCACAUCAAAGACAUCAGACGUUGGGGUUGGGUUUCGGACUCUUUACAUUGUGAAGGGACUGUCUUUAAAGUCAUAGCUCAAGGCCAAAUCAUCUGAUCAAUUGCAGAAAGGUAGUGAUUCUAUUGCUAAACACAGUGCAGUCAUGCAGAGUUAGGUUUUAGCAUCUUGAGUUUGCAUAUGUUCUCUUUCUUACCACCAUUUUCUUUCCUGGUACGUUCAGAGUAAGGUUUCAAAAUACACAUUGCACUUGCUGCAACAGGAAGAACAACAGGGUUGACCAAAGAGGAUUUUUAUUUACGUCCAUCAAAAGUGGUAAAUUAUUCUUUGUGGUUAAACUACAUCAGUUAAUUUUCCUAAUAAUGUUGCUGAAAAUAGGCACUAGAUGUCACUGUUUUUUCUCCAGUUAUUACAAACAUGACAAGCAUGCAACAGAAUUAACCAAGCCAGUGCAGUGAACUGUACUGUCAUGAGUUGCCUAUUCAAAUCAGACUCUGCAUUAAUGUAAGUAGGUUUGAAGUCAGAAUAAACAGUAAUAGCACACAGUUUUCCUGAGGAAUUUUCUUCAGGACUAUGCAGAUCAGAGGAUUAAAGUUCAUGUGCCGCAGGUAAUCAUUUUGAAUAUUCUGAGUCAUUUGGAUAUAGCUGAAGGGCAUUACUUGUAAUGCUUAAAUUUCAGUCGCAUUUAUUGGCCUCAGCAGCCAAUGGCUACGGCUCAUUUUAUACUAUUAAAUAAUCUUAAAAUAUCCCUAUUUAGUAUUAGUAAAUACUGCAAUAAUACUUUGUAGUGUCACAUUAAAUGGCAGCAGCUGGAGGGUCCCUUUUUUUUUUUUUUUAUGAAUGAAAGCUGCUCUCUCUGGAUGCUGUUUGUUAUCACCUGGCGGGGAAAAGUCUUCUGUGAAAUCAUGACAAUGAGGAGAUGCUGUCCGUGAAUGGGAAACGGAGGCAGUACCAGCUUUGUAUUACAAUAUGAACUUGUGUAAUUUUGUUCAUCGUGGAAUAUGGAUGCAGCACUGUAUGUAUGUGCGUCAGCUGUAAAUACCGAGUCAUAUUUGUCUGUUGCCAUCUUCAUCAGUUGAUUGUUUGUUUUUGUGUGUGGUCAGCUCCCUCGAGGUGCAGUCCCAGGCGCGUUUAACAUCUAUUGCGCAGGGAUAACUGUAAAACAAUAGUUAGGGUCUGACUAGGGCUAAGUCCCCCUGUGGUACCUGUGUGUAGGCCUUAUCACCUACUUCUGGUCCUGACUUAGUCUCCCUGUCUGUCUAGCCCUUCUACCACCAGUCAUGGUGCCUUUGAGUGCCUGGGCCAGCUCACAAGGAGACCUUCAAGUCUCAGAGACUGAACACCACAUAAAGGAUGGACAGUGUGAUUUUUGCCAUUGAUCUUCAUUGAUUAUAGUGCUACAUUCCAUGGAAUGUUGAAGCUGCAAUGUUAUGUGUAGUUAAUUAACUAACAAAUACGGGCUUAACUGGGUGAAACAUAAUAGAUUUGUUUUUCUUUUCUACUUUGAUAAAUGUGCCAUAGAUAUUUCUAUGUUCUGUGUGUUGUGGGAAUAGUUUGCUAAAUAGGCACUGUGUUUAUAUUUGUCUGCAUCAUGGACUCUUUAGUUAGUUUUCAACCCGUAUGCCUUUUGUAUGGUGGACAGUGGAAAACCAUAGUUUUAUGGCCAACAUAUCACUUUAAACAGUGAGAAUUAGUCCAGCAAAUACCCUUACGGUAUAGAUACAGUUUGUACGAUACAGAACAGUAGCCCUGCAGUGUGAUAUUGUGGGUAUAGCUUAGAAUAAAAUGGGCAGUCAUAAGUCUUGAUACGCACAAAAGGACGAACCAAUGGAGAGACGGAUACUGGGGCAGCAUUGGUUACCGAGUAAACAGGCACUGAACUCUGACCUGUCAACUGACACUUUACUUGAGGGCAAGAAACACUGUUUUUACCAUUUCUUUAAAUGGGUUAGUCAACCUCAGUUCAUAUACUGAAGUUUUAUUAAAGCUAUCUGGGAUUCAGAUUGGAGACUUGAAUGUGCCAGUUUUCACAACAUGUCUUCAAAGGUAGUAGUGUUGAUUUCAGUGAAAGAUUACAGCAUCAUAAAGGUCAUUUUCUUGCUACCAGACAUGAUUAAAGCUCACUCAAAACAAAAAGGGACAGAUUCUCGUAGAAUCUUUAAAUAACCUGAUUCUUUGUGGUAAAAACACAGCCUGUGGUCGCCGAGGUGAAUUUCACUCCCCUGUCCGACUUCUUAUCAGAGAAGACCAAUAUUUUUGCACAGUCGAAUCAUUUUGUGUUUUGUUUUCAGAUGUUGCAGCUGCAGUAUCGCACACGAGUUUCUCUCUUUUUGAAAUCAUGCAUUUUUCUGUCACUUUUAUUACUUAAAGAUGCCUCCUUUCAAGAAUAUUGUGAUGUAUGCUGCAUACAGCAAUCUCUGAUAUGGGUUUACUCUAUUUAAAACAAAACUUAAUCUCUGCACCAAUGUGUGAUUUACUUCAUAAUCCAAUGCUAAAUGUGUUUGAAAAAUAAAUUAUUGCACCUCCACAUUUGCCUAUAAUCUUUUAGUAGGUUCAACUUUGGUGCUGCUAAUGCCUUGCAGCAGUCACGAAAAGCUCUUGCCCCUUCAUACCCUGGCUGAUAUCCAUUAGCCAUACUUGCAGAUCAGUACCAGAAAAUGUCCUCCAACACAGUUAAAACAAUUUGCACUGAAUCAACAUUGUCUCUGACACAGAACAUUGAGCAUAAUAAGUGACCCGUUCUUGGCAGCAAAUCCCUGUGAGAACAAGUCUUACACUUGUGUACUUGGGAAAGGCUGUGAAAAGCAGCAUGGUGGUGUGUUCUUGCUUGCAGGAAAUGAUGGCUGAUGUGGUUUGAUGGUCAGCGGUCUGUGGGCUGCAUAACUAGAGACAUGCAUUGCUAUUGUGUAGACUCUGCUGAAAUACCUCAAUGUUAAUAGCAAGUACAUUUAAACCCACUGACACGAAAGCAAUUUCUCUCUGAGUAAUUUGUAUUCAUUCCCCCUCCUCUGAGCCAAGAGCAGUAAAUUAUCUUGAUCUGAUUAUUGUUUAUUUGCUUGCCCCUCUGGAUGACUUUUUAAAUGUUAUUAUAAAUAAAGGUUUACAAAGCAAA